GUGCCAGUGCAACAGCGACUGAUUUCAGAAUGGCGACUGUCUUUACCUAGGAGGGUACUGACUUCACGCUCGCUUGUGGCACUCCGUGUGACUGACGCGUGUCCGCGAAGGCCUUCUAUGCCCGACCGUGACGCGGCACCCGCCGAGGAUGAUAAUCAACAAUCCGGACCAGUUCAAGGCGUGGCUCACCACCGUGCUGGAGCCGCUGUGCGAUGCAGAUCCUGCUGCUCUAGCCAAAUAUGUCUAUGCGUUGGUCAAGAAAGACAAAACUUUGGAGGAACUACGUGGCUGUAUGGUCGAGCAGCUGGAUGUGUUUCUACAACACGAAACCAAAAACUUUGUGGAAUUGCUCUUCAAGACGUUAGAGACUCAAGAGUACGUGCUCCCACCGCCUAAGAGUGAGCCUGAUGGUGGUGGGACACCACCCGGCGUAAAUCCACCCGCCCCAAUUGUACCAUCAUCAACGGAGAAAGUAAUGGAUGCAACAAUUCCACUAGUACCUAUAAUUACGAACCCGCCUGUCCCACUUCAAAUUAAUGGAUCCGCACCUGCUGUAAUUAGUAAACGCGAGACUAGAAAAUCUGAUUCAGAUAAGGAUAAAGAAAAGGAAAAACGAUCUCGAAGCAGGAGUGGACGAAUGAGAUCGAGAACACGAUCACGAUCACGAUCAUGGGAAAGGGACAGACGUAGAUCCAGAAGUAGAGAACACAUUCGACGUGAUAGAGAAAGAGAUAGAAGUCGCCCAUGGCGAAACGAAUCCCCACCGAUGAGUACCAGACGACAUGAUCGCAGACGUACUAGGAGUCGCAGUUCAUCACCGAUACGACCUAGAAUACGCGACGGUCCAGACAGUCGCGAUCAUCGAGCAAGAUUCAGAAACAGAUCUCCAACGCCGCUUCGAUCCCGAUCGCGUUCAAGAUCAAUAGAACGGAAGAAGAUCGAUCGCUUCGAAAGGAUAGAGGUAGAUAGAACGGAUCGAACCGAGGGCAGUCCUGGUGGUGGUACACCAACACAAGAUAGUAAUCACGGAGAUGUAGACAUGAGGCUGUCUACGACUAGUCAAUCGAUACAAAGUGUUGUCGCUGUCGCGAGUAGUAUUCCAAAUAAUCAGACAAGUUCUUUUCAACAACAAGCAAAGAGACGUUGCAGAGACUUUGACGAAAAGGGAUACUGCAUGAGGGGAGAUCUUUGUCCCUAUGAUCACGGCACAGACCCAGUUGUACUGGAAGAUGUGGCACUUAGUCGUGUUUUGAGUUUCGGACCGCAUAGUGCUCAAGCUCCAGGAACAGUUCCAGUGGCCACGGUACCAGAACCACCGCAGGGUCCUAACGGUAAUCCACCACCGCCACAUCUCCCUCUUGCCAGUUUACCACCACCUCACUUAAGAAACCACCAUUCUAAUAUGGAUGUUUUCGCAGAAUAUAAUCCGGACGCACCUAGCAUGGAGCCACGAAUGCCAUGGGGUAGACAUCCGCAACCUGCGCCUGGGAUUUACGGCAGGGGACAAAGAGAACUGAUCAGUGUGCCGGUUAUUCCCCACACAAAUUCGUCGGAAAUCACCCACACCCAGAGCAAUCCGCUGAAACGCAAACAAGCAUUUGACUUUAAUCGUCUGGGACCGAAACAGAGAGUAGUGCAUAACCCGGCCAAUUGCUCUCUGGAACUGAAAAAGGUUCCACGAAGCUUAAACAACAUAACACAAUUAAAUAAUCAUUUUUCCAAAUUCGGUAAAAUUGUAAAUAUCCAAGUUAAUUUCGGCGGCGAUCCUGAGGCAGCGUUGGUUACCUUCCAGUUGCCAACCGAAGCAAAGUCUGCUUACAGAAGCACAGAGGCUGUGUUGAAUAAUAGAUUUAUUAAAGUAUUUUGGCAUAAUAACGUCAAUAAUAAUGCGGCUGGUGGAGCAAUCGAAAAUGUGCCACCGGGAUGCCGUCCCUCUGUGAAAGAAAGACUAGGCGCCGCGAUAACAUUACCGGCGAAAACCGAAGAUAACGAGUACGUUCCCACGCGUCGUUCGACCGAGGAACAAGUCACGCAAACCUUGGUUCCGACUUCACCUAAAGCUGCCGUUGUUCCUACUCGAGAAGACAAAGUUCUCGCGAUAAAGAAAACGCAAGAGAUGUUAGCGGCUAAGGAAACGCUAAAGAAGAAGCAAGAGGAGAAGCGUAAGGAGGCGAUAAAGCUGACCGCCGAUCUGCGCAAGAGGAAACAAGAAUUGCUGGACAAGCAUCUGAUUGAAUUGCGUGCACUGAUUGACAAGGCUGAAAAGAAUCCGGAACAAAAGGAAUCGAUCAUGCCGACGAUAAAGGCUAUGCAGCAGUCGGUCGACAAUUUGCGUAAGGAUUUGGCCGCGAACGGCCAGAUUGGCGGUAACAAGUCGCAGGUGAAAUCUAGGGAGCAGGCGCAGAAGGAGAUCCUGGACGCCGAGUUAGAUUUAAUGACCGCGCAACAAGAAGGCCAAGACGCUGGCGAGUUGCAGAAGAGAUUGAACGAACUUCGAGCUCAGGCGGCCGCGUUGGGUUUGAACACGAAUCCCGGCGUGGGUAGAGGCACGAAAGUCAGCCGGGUCGCACGCGGCACCGCGCUGUCUUUCAGGGGCCGCGGCAGAGGAAGUUUCGCUCAUGUCUCGGUGGAUCACCGGCCAACGAGUCUUCUAGUCUCCGGUUAUGAAACUGAAGAAAAGGCGGAGGUCCUAGCGCAUUUUCAACAAUUUGGUGAAAUAGUAAAUCAAAUAGUCGACGACGCGACACCUUCGAUCGUUAUCAAUUUCAAAUCGAGGAAAGAGGCUGAGGUAGCCCUAGUGAAAGGACGCACAUUUCAAGACAGAUUGUUAUCAAUAACUUGGGUGUCCGGCCAUCAUCUACAUCGUGGAGGAGCUACUAAUUCGAGCGCAUCUAUACAGCUCUCAUCGCGUUCCGAACAAACUGCACCUACUGCAGACGAGGAUAUCGACUUAGAGGGCACGGAGGCGUUUCUCUUAGAAGAGAACGAGGAGGAAGAAGACGAGGACGGGGAGUCGCGUAGCUGGCGGCGAUAGCAGCAUCGGCGUCAGCGUCAGCGCCAUUUGUGACAGGAGCUUGGUGUCAAAUGUAACGACUGCGUGACCAUCCGGGCCGAUCGUCGAACGCGACCUGGUACUUACGCCUACAUUGCUGCACCGCCGUUUGAUGCGUCUAUUGCCAUGAUUUACACGAAGGAAUCGAAUUACAUCAUGCUCAUCAGCGUUAUCAUGAGUGUUACACUAUUUGUUAAUAUUAUUGAAUAUACUAUAAAUGUGCGCACCAGUGACGGUACGACGUAUCACAUUAAGUGGCGCAACAUAAAUAGAGAAAGGAAAAAGAAGGAUAAGUGAAUCAACACGCAAGUUUUUCGAACAGGAAUAAUUGAACAAAAUUUAUCCCUAUUAUUUGUAGAAUAAAGUCGCUAUGUUUUGUAUGGGAAGAUAAAAAAAAAAGAAACACCUGUCAUUCUGAGUUUCACAAGUCCUCUUCUUUUAUACGUAGAACUCGAAUUGUUUUUCCUAGCUCUUGUUAUUUUGAAGGCUCGUUAACAUGGUAGACGGACUUAGGAUAAGUAGGAGCUUGUAAUUUCGAGGAUAUCCAGAACUUUUUCAUUCGAAGAUGAGGAAACUAUAUUUGUAAUUUAUAUAAUAUAAAUAGGUAUCUCUAUAUUAUAUAAUUCAAUCGUAAGUCGUAACAUCUCGCUCGAUUGGCUGUUGACUUUUAUCUAUUGUACCUAUUUAAAACGGUUCUUGUAAUAAUGAGCAGUACAAUGUAUCAUCUUUAUUGUUUCUUUUUAAAAGAUGUCAAUGGAUUAGAUUGCUGAAAAAUGCAAUGAGAUUUAUAUAGAUAUGAAAUAUUUCGCGCAUUAUUUACAUAAAUUCUUUCAAUCCAGAUCAAAA